AACACACACACACACAAACAGACACCCUUACACCUUUUAAGGAGUUUUGUAAACAUUUUCCACAUAUUGUGCUGCAAAUCGAAAAAUAAAAAAUCCGAAAAAAGUUUUUACCAAACCAAGAUGCAUUCGACCAAGAUUAAAGAGGGUGAUGACAGAGAGGAGAUGGAGCUAAAUCAAAUCUGGCGAGGAUGUCGUAAAAUCCAGGGCGCCAUUUUUCGUUAUAACUUUGACAUCUGCGCCGACUUAAAGCAGCAUGAUCCCUGUUGCAGUGGCUUCGUGUCCGAGCCCAUUUUCACCGCCGUGCUGGGCAAGUAUCGCAAGGUGGCCGGAUUGUCCGAGUCGGAACUCCGGGAUGUCACUGACUAUUUCCAAAUUCGAGAUGGACGCGUAGCGUAUCGUCAGUUCUGCAAGGUCGUCUGCAGCGAAACACUGCAUAAGACCGCCAAAAGUGAUCUAGCUACGGGACUGGAGUGGAACGAUCCCUGGCAUGUGAAUGUUGUACCCCAGCCGGAGGAUCGACGACGUCUCUGCCUGAUCCUGCUCAAGAUUGCCCAACUAUGCAAUAUUCCGCUCAUGCCCUACUUUCAGGACUACGAACUAAUUGCACAAAAUGUUGGAGUUGUUACCGUUGCGCACUUUUCUCGUGUGCUGCACUUUAUGAAGAUACCACUUUCGGAGUCCGAUUUUCUGCUCCUCCUCAGACGCUAUAUGAAGGAUGGUUACCUGGUCAACUAUGUGGCUUUCCUCAAGCACAUCGAUAAUAUUAUAGCAUACCUGGGCGAGCAUCAUCUGCUGGACAACUCACAUGAUAUUAUCAAGGACUUUCCGGGACGUUUAGUGGACCUAGAACUUUCCCAACUGCCAGCUAUUGAUGGUUGCAAGGCAGUGCAUCCAAUCUUUCCCGAUGCCUGCAGUACACCCAAAAAGAAUCGAAAUCAGUGCGACAUUCUGUUCUGCAUUCAGAACUACAUCUACAAGAACCAAGUGCGCACCUCCGAGUUCCUAGAGUGCUAUGACAGCCUAAACGUGGGCAGCAUCACCAAGAAUCAAUUUGAGCGCGGUCUAUCGAACAUGGGAGUGGGAAAAUAUCUGACCCAAAGGGAAAUGUCCAUUCUGCUGGAACGCUACACUGAUCCCGUGGAUAUCAAUCGAGUGCGUUGGCGCAAUUUCGCUGAUGAGAUCGAUACAGUAUUCACCAUUAAGAACCUGGAGAAGAUGCCACAGUGUGUCGUGGAAUCGCCACUUCGUCACAUCCAGGAGUUGCCCAGACCCGGCGCCGUGCCCUGGGAGUCUGUGUCGGCUAAUGUUCGUGAUCUGUGUGAGGAUGCCAUGGCCAAGAUUAAGAUACGCAUCCGCAAUCGUCGCCUCUAUCUGCAUCCAUUCUUCCGAAGCUACGAUAAACUCAACAGUGGACAUGUGCGUUGCAACAUUACCAAGCAGAUUUUUCGCACCAAUGGCAUCCUUCUGUCCGAUCCGGAGCAGGACUCUGUGCUGAGUCGGUAUGGAAACGAGCUGGGCUUUUGCUACACCAAGUUUUUGGACGACGUCGAUCCGGCGGAGUAUGCCAUGCCAGCGCUGGUCACCAAGCAGCAACUGGUGGAGUGUCCACCGUUUGCGAGAGACAAUUUGGAUCCCGAGGAUGUCAGCGAGGAGGUGAUCGUGCGCAUCCUUACGAACGCCAAGCGACAGGCUGUGGUCAAGAGCGUGGCCGUCAUCGAGUUCAUGAAGGACUACGAUCGCCAUCGCGAGGGCGAGAUCCUUGAAUCGGACUUCAAGCGAGCCCUGGAUAACUCAAGUGUAAUCAUCAAGGAAGAGGAAGCUAACAUCUUGUGCAACAUCUUCCGUUCACCGAAUCGCGUGUCCUGCAUUCGCUAUCGCGAUUUCUGCAAGGCCCUCGACGAGAUCUUCAUCCAACUGGACACGAACAUGGGUGACCAGGUGGUGACCGCCGUGCCACUGCUCCAUUUGCCCAAUCUGGACUGCGUCGACUGCUUCCUGAGCUUCGACGAGCGAACCAUCUGCUCGCAGGCCCUGAUGAAGUUGGCCCGCAAACCGGACGAGAUCUCCAAUCUGAGUCAGCUGUUCAAGGACUUCGAUCGCGAACAGUGCGGCUCGAUCACGCAGAAUCAAUUCCUGCGCGGCAUCACGGUGCGCGACAUGCAUGUAAUGCUGAGCAGCCGCGAGUUCCAAGCGAUCUGCAAGUGCUUCGGCGUGAAGAAGGGCAUGUGCAUGGAGUUCAACUACCGGGAGUUCCUGAAAAUCCUCGACGUGCUCUUUGCCACCGGUCAAAUGAAGCGCAACUAUUAGUGGCGCGAAAACUAACCCUCUCCAAAUUCCAAGUGUAUCAUUUGUCCAAAUUUUUGAAUGUUAUCAGUAAAAUAAAAAAAACAAUUGGUGGAUUCUUUU